GUCGUCGUCGUCGUCGUCGUCGCGUCGUGUCGCUGCUGUUGCUGUUGUCCACUGAGUAAACGAAAAGCUACACCAAAAGUAAGCGACAACGCGAAUCGUAUCACGUAAACGCCCGCGUGGAGAAAUAUGUACAUGAGAGAUGUCAACGAAUAUGUGUCCGAAUGCGGAAUUAUUCAGCAAUUCAUUGAAAUAUUGAUAAGUGACGUCAUCAAGGCUGUACGGACUGGCCUUGUCUAGCUGCAACAUUGAGCAACAACAACAACAAUAACGAGGGAUCAUUAGCAACACGCCGCCUCUGCCAUCGGACCAGCACGCUUAACGUCACGUCGCCACUUACGUUUUCUCUGCGAACUCGCUCUCUCUCACUCUCGCUCUCUCGGCGAGACACUCUCUUUCGCUGUAGGUUUGCCGGCGACUCCACUUACUACUACGACGAAAAGACACUCAGGCCAGGCAGCACUCACUUUGCGUUUACGUCGUGGCCCAUGAAGUUCGUUUAGCUCGCCGCACAAAAUGUGAAAACUGAUGAAAAGAAAGAAGAAAACUGCACACAUUGGGACACACAGCUAACUAAACAACAAUAUUUUGGGACAGACAUAGUACGCGCAUCAACAACAAUUAUGUGAUAUCUACAACAAAUAUAUAAUUUUUUCUUAACUGCUGACGUCACACGUCGAAAGAAGAAUAAAAAUUUUGCGCAAAAGAAACAUGAAAAACGUAGUGAAAAAAAUGUACAUGAAAAACGCAAAAAUAUGAAACGUGUGUGAUAUUAAAUGAGCGCGACGGCGGCAGCAGCAACAACAACAACAAAACAUCAGCAGCAGCGACGUUGGCAGCAGCAGCGGCGACGGCGACGCAGGCGACGGCAGCAGCAGCGUUUGCAGGCAUUUGCUUUGCUGGUGGGUUGUGCGUCGUGAUAUAAAGGCAAAGAAAUUCCAAUUUAGAUGUGAAGAAUCCCUAGGUGCUAAUUUAGUUGAUAAGCGCAAACAAAAAGUACAAUAAACAACAACAACAGCAACAAAAUAACUGAAGCAACAAACACACAUCAGUCAAAUUUUCAACUGGGUGGCAACGUCAUAAGCAGCAACAGCCGCGCUUAAAAGUAUGCUACAGCAAAAUACGGGCGACUGCCGCGCUGCCAGGCCAACAACGUAGCAGAAACAAAAUAAAAACUAUAUAAAUAAAAGACAAAGCGACUAAGUUGCUUGAGAGCAAAAAGAGCGAGGGGGAGAGAGAGAAUUUUUGUAAAAAGUGCAGGGAGUGCGCGCGCGACUGCGAAAUGUCGAAUUUUUUGAUAACCAGCGCCGCGCCCAACAGCAACACACAGCGUCAGCAGCAGCAGCUUUAUGGAGUUGGCGGCACACAAGUGGUACGCAAACUCAGCUAUGAGCUGCUGGGCAACAACAAUAACAACAACAACAACAACAAUAAUAUUGUGAUCAAAAAUGAAAAUCUGCGGGACAUUGAUUACGAGCACGGCAGCAACGACAACAGCAACAGCGGCGUCAGCAUCGGCGUCGGCGUCGCAGCCCACCUGCAAGAUCACGAAUACAUAAGUCUGAAUAAGUCUGGCAACACAACAACACCAACAACCGUUAUAGCAGAAGCAACAAGCACUCAUCAUCAGCAGCAGCAGCGGAAUGGAGGAGGAGCUGCUGGCAAAACGAAUGAUAUCACACACUACUACAGGGUCAAGCGCCGGCCGAAUGUAGCCACCCACGAGAUCCACCCGAAGAAACAGGCCAAGCAGAGCGCACAGCAUCAAACGGUCACCUACAACAACAGCAAGCAGCAGGCGGCGGCGGCGCAGCAGCUGCGCUACCAUCAGCAGCAGUCGCAGUCGCAGCAGCUGUACGACGUCGAGCACGACGAAGAUGACGAUGUGGAGACGAGCAAACCGGCCGGCAACGGUACUUUGCAUUCGCAUGCACAGUUUGCGAGAACAGCGUCGCAGCAGCAGACGACGCCGCAGCAGCAGACGGCGCUGGUGACAUCUUCUUCAACGUCUUCAGCUGGAGGCGGCGGCGGUGGUGGCGAUCGCAAUCGGGCGGACACCUCGCUGGGCAUAUUGACCAAAAAGUUUGUGGAUCUGCUGCAGGAGUCGCCGGACGGUGUGGUCGAUCUGAACGAUGCGUCCACCCGGCUGUCCGUGCAGAAGCGUCGCAUCUACGACAUUACGAACGUGCUGGAGGGCAUUGGCAUCCUGGAGAAGAAGUCCAAGAACAAUAUACAAUGGCGCGGCGGUCAAUCACUGGUCAGCAGCGAACGCUCCCGGCACAUCGAGGCGGAGUGCGAGCGGCUGGAGCAGCGCGAGAACGAGCUCAACACGCUCAUCGAUCAGAUGCGGGGCGAGCUGGCUGAGAUAUCGCAGGAGGUGGAGAAUGUUGGCGGCAUGGCCUACGUGACGCAAAACGAUCUGCUCAACGUGGAUCUGUUCAAAGAUCAGAUUGUGAUUGUGAUCAAGGCGCCGCCAGAGGCCAAACUUGUGCUGCCCAACACAAAGCUACCUCGCGAAAUAUACGUGAAGGCGGAGAACAGCGGGGAGAUAAAUGUAUUUCUGUGCCAAGACAAUUCGCCGGAAAGUUCGCCAAUUGCGCCUACGUUGUGUGGCAACGGGAUACGCACGGCGACAUCGACGCGGUUGCAUCACCUGACCAAUCAGCGCACCGAUCCCCUAUUCAAUAACAUUGAUGCCAUGAGCACCAAGGGCUUAGGCCAUCCACCAUAUCGCUUAUCAGCUCAGCGCAACCUCAGCAAGUCGAUUGAGGAGGCGGCCAAGCAAUCCCAGCCUGAAUAUAAUAACAUUUGUGAUAUUGGCGGCGUCAAAUAUGAACUGACCUCGCCACAGCAGCAGCUGCAACAGUCGACGACGCAGGCGGGCAAUGAUGAUGAUGAUGAUGAUGACGACGACGACGACGACGUCGACGAUGAGCUAAAUCAGCUGGUGCCUACGCUAACCAGUCCCGUGGUGCGCAGCUAUCACCAUCACCAGCGGCAUGGCACCGCUAUUCAAAACAUUUUAAACAGCCUAACACAAUCCUCGCCCACGAAGGCGGAGGGCGGUCUUCGCUCUACGACGCCGCGGCUCUGGCGACGUACGGCGAAUCCCGCCGCCAACAUCGCGGGCAACACAACUACGCUUAAUAGUCAUAACAGCAGCAGCAGUAGCAGCACCAACAAUUCCCAACCCCACAACAGCACCAGCAGCAGCACAGUUAAUUACAGCAAUCAGCAGCUACAGCUACAGCAGCAGCGACGCAGCGAUGUACCAAUGUAUAAUUGUGCAAUGGACGGCGCGACUGCGUCGUAUGCUGUUAGCAAUAACAGCAACAAUAACAGCAGCCACAACUCCUCUGCCAUAGGCUCGCUGCAAAUGCAGUUUGCGGCAGUAGCCGGCAAUGAAAGCGACAGCGGCCUUGGCGUCGGCUUGGCGGCGACAUAUAGCGACAUCUCUGGCGCUGGCGCCAAUGUUGAUCAGCAACAGCAAUACCACAACACCAACAACAACAAGAAUAAUUAUCGCAGCCUGCCGCCAGGCGUUGGCGACUGCGACGCUGACAGUGACGGCAGCAAUGUUGCUCUCCAAGGCCUGGAUGCGUUGUUUGGCGACAUUGGCACAGACUACUUCAAUAACGAAGCGUUUGUGUCCAUCGAUCCGCCGGAUGACAAUGAUUAUCCCUACGCGCUGAACGCCAACGAGGGUAUCGAUCGGCUGUUCGACUUUAGCUCCGAUGCUUACGGGCCCUAAGCCACACACACACACAUACACACACACACACACACACACACACACACACACACACACACACACAACUGCGAAUUGGGGGUUUGGGGGUUGGGAGGGGGUGUUUAUAAUUUUAAAUUAUAUACAAGAAAAGCAGCGCAUAUUACGUUAGAGAUGAUCUAUUAUUAUUAUUAUUAUUAUCAUUAUUAAUAUUAUUACAAAUUAUCAACUAAAGCAAAACAGUUUCAAGAAAACAUCAGCAACAAAGCAAAACAACAACAACUACAACAAAAAUAAAUGUAGAAAACUUAAUGAAACUAAGUUGUGUGUAAAAUUUUAAGAAUAAAAACCUACAUUUAAAUUUAUAAUCCAAACACGUAUUUUAAGUAAAAAAAAAAACAAAAAAAAAAAACAAGAAAAAUGCCCCACAAAAUGCAAAAAAACACAUUUUAUAAGCAUAUUUCAAUUUUUAGCCUUAAACAACACAAAAAAAAGAAAAAACAGAAACCAAGCAAAAACAAACAAAAUAAAAAACGAAUAAUUGAGAACAAAAGAAAUCCUCAUUAAAAAAAAUAUUUUGCGCCAGAACUGUCUGUAAAUUAGUGCACACAAACACACACACACAUAAUUUUUAAUUAGAAAAACCAAAUAGUUAUAAAACUAAUAUUAAAUGAAAAUAAAUCACAACAAACAACAAAUUUGAAAUUGAAAACUCCAAAUUAGCUAUACAAAUUCCAAAAGCAGCAAAAGAAAAACAUUCUCUCUCUCAUUCUGUUACACUCUCUCUCUCUCUCUCGACCAACUCUCAGUUUAGUUACGAUCUGCAUGCGCCUGAACAUAGGCAAUAUAACUGUUAACCUAGCAAACAAUACAAAAUCAACAAGGUGGGGGAAAAUUCCCACCAGCCAGCGAGCAACAACAACAAGAACAACAACAACAUUUGUCCAUGCUGUACUUUCUGUGUAUUCUGUCUGCUGUUUUGUAUAUUUUUUAGUUGCCGUUUCAAACCUCUCUCUCAGUGCGUUUGAUUUAGUUAUUAAAGCAAAGUAAGCAUAAUUACUUAUUUGUUAUUGUUAUGAAAUGUAAACUAGAAAGCAAAAACGACAACAACACAACAGACUAGAAACUCGCAAUUUAAACAAAUGAAAAACAAAAACAAAAUCAGAGUGCAAACUCCUUACACCCAAAUAUCCAAAUAUCAGUUCAAAGUUCAUCAUCAAAGUUAAAAGCCAAAUCAUCGCCCCACACAACAGAGUCCAACAGACAACCAACUGCAACUAGUUAUUAAUACCUACCGCCUAGAGGUUAAACAAAACAAAUUAAAAUUUACAUACAAAGUGUAUAAAAAGCAAGAAGAUGAAGGAAAGCUCUAUUAAUGUACUUUUAUUUUAUAAACAUACAAAACCGAACACACAAACUUGUUAGGUACUUUUCAUUCGUUUCAAAACAAAACCAACACAAAAAAAACAACAAAAAAAACCAAAUAAAUAUUAAAAACGAAGAAAAUAUAAA